UUAUUUUAUGACGAUUCAGGAUUUUUCCCUUUGGAACUGUUUUUCUGUUCUGGUGUUGUUCGGAAUAUUUAGUAAGAAAUCGGAUCCAUGACUCCCAAUGAAGUUGUCAAGCAAGGAUAAUUCGUGUCGUCCUGUUCCAGCAGCCCGAACUCAGUCUGUGAUACGUUUCGCAUCCUCCGCAGCUGAACUGCAGCAAUCAAGCACGCAUUCCGACCCCCACGAUGUGACAGUGAGCGGCCAUUCGCCACUCCCGCGGGCGGAUUCACCGUCAUCCAUUUCUGGAGACAUUUCGUUAUCAUCGGCGAUAAGCGCCGAAUCUGCCGAUCCGUUUGCUUUGCCGGCUGGCCGAUUCGGUGCCACUUUGCGAUCUCUGGAGAAUGAAGCGCCAUCGUCCGGAAGGGGGAUCAAAUUGGCGUUCCACCUUUGGAAACGCAUCCAUGGAGAUCCUUAAGGAGGCCAUGUCGAGCUGUUUUUCCCGUCCCUUUAAUAGCCCGUCCAUAAUCGAUAAAUACUGGGAAACUGUCCGAGCGAGAAAUACCACCUUUGAGAACACAAUCGCUUGUGUUACUGCAGCGUACGAGACGGCAUACGGCGACCAGAUUGCUAAAUUUUCCCAUCUUAUGAUAUCCGCACUACGGGAUGGACUUGUACCGCAUCAACCCCAAGCCACUCCAUUACGGCUGAUUCGUUUGUUGACAGCCAACAGGGAGGACACGAUUGUUCGUUUAGUUCGUUUUGCUACGUUAUUGCCUGGUUUCCGCGAUCUGUCGGACGGAGAUCAGAGAAUUUUAAUAGCGGAGAAGCUCUUGAUGUCUUACCUGCUACAUCUUUCUAAGUACUUCUACAAAGGUGAACACUACUUUAUUCUUCCCGGUCCGGACAAUGUCCAUUGCAGCCGGUCUGUCAUGGAUUCCCUGGGGUUGGACCAGGAUUAUUUGCAUUUUGUUGAGUCAUCCAUGGCACGCUUGAACUCCAUUGGUCUCACCUUACCGGAAACGUAUUUGCUGUUAGCUGCAGCUAUAUUUUAUCCAGGUAUUCAACAGACCUGUAGUAAAGCUAAAUCGGCACUACUUCGAUGUUUUUCGUAUUCCGGACAUUUUCACAAAAUGGAUUCGCCUACCGGACACCGGAGACACGGUUCUUCCACAUGACGAAAACGUUUAAAAAAUUGACUACGUGAUAAUUAUUGUUAUUAUACACCUUGU